UUAAUAGAUGAAUGAUAGAUAGUUUUAAAAUUUCAUGGAUAAAUUAUUUUUCAAGAUAGACAACAGUCACAACUGUACACACAUAUGAUCCAAUGAUCAAGCAGGCACAGAUGCUGAUUUAAUACCAGCUGAUUAAAUACCAAUCCAUUUUCGUUUUUGGAUGCAAUGUCAGUGUGAGUGCUGAGUGAAGGUUAUUAGUGUACAUUUGAUCAAUUUUAUAUCAUUGGCAGUAUAAUUUAAUAGUAUCUUUCUUUGAACCAUUUUUCAAAUAUGGGGUACCACGAACCACAUGGAUUUGAAACCCUUACAGGGGGUGUAAAAGCCAUGAAUUUGGAGGGUCGAUUGGGUCGUGAAAGAGAAAGACUUCUUGGUAUGUCUCCUGAGGAACGACAGUGGAGGAAGCAAUGGGUUAAGGACCAACAUUUAUCUCCAAAUGAGCCGAGAUUUGUUCCAGAGCUGUACAAAGAAUUAAACAAUCCCCUAAGACGCCUGUAUAGAAAACCACUUGAUAUGCUGUUUGAACCUCUUCAGGGAGUUUUGGGGAAGCAGAUGGCUCUAAAUGUUCGUUAUAUAACUGGACGCUUUUUGAUGUUUACCUUCGCAGGAUUUUAUGGAGCUUAUUGGCUGAAAUACAAUGCUCAUACAUGGGAGACAGCAAAAGGUUGGGACACCACAUUGACCCGUCCCAGCAUUCUGCCCGGCGAACCCGGUUUCCCGUGGGUGUCACAAAAAUCAAAACCUUCUGAUUACUAUGACAAGGGAUUCAAAGAUUCUCCAAUCUAGAAUGGGUUUUGAAAGUAGAAUAUCAAUCUUCUAAUGCUUAAUGUCAGCUGCCAGGUGCUGAACAUGUUAUAGGUAAUUAUAAUAAAUAAAUAAUGUUUGUAUGUUA